AACGCGCUAUCGUUCAGUUAGUGACGUGGAUUUUCAUUGAGGGCAGGCAGUGUUGCCAGAAACUCAGAUUUGCCAACGUUUCUCAGCCUUUUCCACUAACUUUCUUCAUAUUUAGAAGUCGGAUCAUUCAUUUACUUUCUUUCGCUCGUCCCACUUGAACACAGUUUUGCCACAGCUUUCAGAAGAGACUCCAGAAUGAGUAAAAACAGCAAAGUGUUGAACCUGAAGGAUAAAAUCAGUGGCAAUGAAGUGGACCUGAGCCUGUGUAACCUCACUGAGGUACCAGUCAGAGAGCUGGCUUUAUUCACCAAAGCAACUGUUUUGGACUUGUCUUGCAACAACAUUACUUCUCUUCCUCCAGAAUUCUGCAACCUGACCCACCUGGUAAAGGUGGAUCUGAGUAAAAACCAGCUGACCUGCCUGCCAGAUGACCUGGGCAACCUGGCCGGCCUUCAACAUCUGGAUCUGUACAACAACAAGCUGACUGUCCUGCCUGUCAGCUUCUCACAGCUCAGGAGUCUAAAGUGGUUGGAUCUGAAGGAUAACCCGCUUGACGCCGGCCUGGCCAAGGCAGCAGGAGACUGUUUGGAUGAGAAGCAAUGCAGACAGUGUGCCUCCAGGGUUCUGCAGCACAUGAGGACUAUUCAAGAUGAGGUCGAUCGCACACGAGAAAAACGCCUUUUGAGGGAGAAAGAGCUGGAGAAGAAGAGGGAGGCGAAGCAGAGGGAGCGGGAAGCCAGAGAGAAGGAGGCUCGCAAACGGGAGAAGGCGGAGGAGAAAGAGAGGAGGAGGAGAGAGUACAACGCUCAGAUGGCGGCCCAGGCUGUGCGGGAACAGCAGAAGAAGAAGAGCGACGAGAAGAAGAAAAAGAACGGACAGGCAGCAGCAGAUAAAAAAGCUGUUGUAGAAUCGGCGCCCAAACCUCGACGUUCUUUCAUUGGCCUGAUGUUCAAGCUCCUCCUCCUGGUGCUACUGGGAUUGGCCGGAGUCGCCGCCGCCUGCCGAAUGACAGAGCUGAAGAAGGAGGCCAUGUGCGUGCCAGUGAACGUCGCCGUGGACGACAGCCUAUCCUGGGCCAGAGAGCAGGAGGGUGUGGUCACACAGCUGUUGCAAAAUCUGUCGUCUGCAGCGAAGGAGCUUCUCGAAUCCACGCGAGCGUCUAAGAACUAAACUGUCAUCUGUCUCCAUCAGCUCCCAGAGCUGCAGGUUUUUCCUCUUCUACCUGUGAAUCUUGGGAUUUUUUUUAACAUGCUGAAAUCAUGAAUCUCAUUAAGAUGGACAAUCCUGCAUCCCCUCACCCUGUUUGAGGUGCUGGGAGGUGAAGAGUCUGUACAGAUGGACGAAGGGGGAUCGGCAGAUGUGUUAAAAUCAGCUUAAAUUCCUAUGGAAUUGUUGUCACUCUUGUACCCUCUUUGUACUACAGCUUGUUUUUUUUUGGUUUUUUUAAUGUCAUCACCUUAAAUGCCUCCCUGCUUACCAUGUUUUGCAUGCAAUACAUGGCGCCAGGUUGUAUUUGAGGGAUGUCCAUUGAAACGUCAGGUGGCCCUGUCUGUGCUGCACUGGAGCGUCAAAUGGCAUGCUGACUGCCAGUCACAGGUGUGCAUCAGCCAGUCUUAGAUGUGGCAGUCUGGGCAUGUGCAGUGAAGGCUGUGUGAAUGUCGAACUCACUCGUCUGUGGCCUGUUCUCUCUUGAUAAGUCUUAUAUCAGUGAAACCAGUCAAAUCUCCCAACUAAUCCAACACCUUCUGAUGCGCGAAGUCCAACUGAUGCAUUUUUGUUAUUUUAGCAACAAUAUCAGGCUAACGAGUUUCUGCACAGAAAGGUGCAUUUGAGGUGAAAAUGUCCACUCUCAAAUGCUGAUGUCUGCAUUGGCCUCACAAACCCAGUAUCAGUCUGGCUCUAAUGCACAAACUGUAUUAGAAAGGACUGUACUGAUAAUUGUGUGUGUUAGCCCUUUUUGCUAAAAAUCCUGUCUACAUGGCAGAUAUCCAUUUUACAAAUACUGCUGCUGUGUUUUUGGGCUCUUGUGUACCUAAACCCGCUGGUUUCUAUUCGUUUGUGCAAGUCUAAAAGUCAGCAGUAAUCCGUGUUAAAGUGAAACUGCUGUGAUGAGAUAAUGCAGUGCAGACAUUUCAGUUCAAAUCUGCUCUUUAACAUCUUGUUUUAUAAUGUGACUUUAACACAAAUCUAUCCAUACUUGACCGUGGUUGGUUCGUGGGAUGGAUGGACUGCACUCGUGCGAAUUGCUUGUCGUACUGCACAGGAAAAGCAGUGGCUGCAUGUAACGUAGGAAGAGCACAAAAGCACAGCAGCAAAACUUGUGAAAAAGAUAGCUGUAAUGUAAAGAGUACAUCACUUCAGAAACAACAUUAUGGUCCUUUUUACAGUGUGGUUACAAGUUAACUGCAGCUCAGAAUCCCUGAAUCACCUGCUGAUCCAGGACCGAGUGUUGAUACUGAACUCGUGCUUUGAAAUGCCUUCCUUUCUUUUUCUAAUCUGAAUCUAAUCUGUACAGCAAACUGCAGAAAUUAUAGAAAAAUCACCGCCUUCGCUGCCGUGGUUCUUGUUCAGCUUUGUCCACGCUCAAACAUCGUCGGCAUCAAUAAACGGCUGUGCACC